GAUAAGAGAUGGGCGGGGUGAAGUACAGCUGACAUCCAGUCCAAAGAGCUCCCUUUACGCAGAAGAAAGCGAACAGGUCCAGCGCUCAUAACAGUUAACUUUAUCACCAUUUUUUUUUAAAUAUAAAGGAGGAAGAGUGCUAAUUUUACGUCUUCAGCCCAUUUAAUUUGGAAUAUAUAUCUUUUUGAUAUUGAGCGAGAGAUAACAUUUAGGAUCGACGCGUUGGAAGAACCGGAGAAGCGAUAGUUGGGGUGCAUGCCAACCAAGUGCGACUUGCUAUCUUAUUCAUGCAAAUUCAUAAAGUCAUCAUAGGCGUGCCUUUGGGCGAUGGAGUCACAGCCGGACGACCAUACCCCUUGGAGGAACAUCAGCGAUCUGCAAAGCCUGUGAUGUGCAGACAGUGCAGUGUUCGGACACAUUGACAUCAGCAGCAGCAGCACCUCGGACAUGUUUCGCAAGUUCUAAAAAAAAGGCGAAAGACGAGACGGGCACACUUCUCUCUACAACUCUUCUUGACCAUCGAGUCGAGCCUCCUUCGUUCUGCGACGUAGGCCUACUCACAAGGAUUUUAUACGUUCCGUUCACAGCCUUCCAUACCCCCAAUUUCUUGGUGUAGUGUGCCAUUUUAAAUUACUUGACUAAAUUAUUUGAGGUGGGUUUAGAUUAUACUGUAGCGAGUCUCCACUGAUGCGGAUGAAGCCCAACAAGCAGCGGUCAACUUAAUACAACUCGCUCCCAGUCUAUCUCCCUUAACUUCUUGAAAAACUUCCACCAGAUCCACUUUUAUAUCACUGUACACUUUGAAUUAUCUUCCCACGAUGUCCGAGGACGACAUCAGCUCCGCCGCCACCGGCAGCUCGGUGCCCGGGGUGCCCGACGGCAGCAGAAGCAGAAGCAGCAGCAGCAGCAGCAGCAGCAGCAACGUCAGCGUCCUGAGCUGGGAGCAAGUGCAGCGUCUCGACGCCAUCCUCACGGAGACCAUCCCCAUCCACGGCCGGGGCAACUUCCCCACCCUGGAGGUGAAGCCAGGGCAGAUCGUCAAGGUGGUGCGUAGUCGGAUGGAGGAGAAGCACAUCCACGUCCGCGACGUGCGGCUGAACGGCUCCGCCGCCAGCCACGUCCUCCACGAGGACAGCGGGCUGGGCUACAAGGACCUGGACCUCAUCUUCUGCGCAGACAUGAAGGGGGAAAGUGAUUUCCAGAUCGUGAAGGACAUUGUUUUGGACUGUCUUCUAGAUUUUCUGCCCGACUGCGUCAACAAAGAGAGAAUAUCGCCGUUAACGUUAAAGGAAGCAUAUGUGCAAAAGAUGGUGAAAGUGUGCAACGACUCCGACCGUUGGAGCCUCAUCUCGCUCUCCAACAACCGGGGGAAGAACGUGGAGCUAAAGUUCGUGGACUCUCUCCGGCGGCAGUUUGAGUUCAGCGUGGACUCCUUCCAGAUCCGCCUGGACUCCCUGCUGCAGUUCUACGAGUGCUCCGAGAACCCCAUGGCCGAGACCUUCCACCCCACCGUCGUGGGCGAGAGCGUUUACGGCGACUUCGGCGCGGCCCUGGACCACCUGUGUCACAAGGUUAUCUGCACGCGCAACCCCGAGGAGAUCCGUGGCGGGGGGCUCCUCAAGUACUGCCACCUGCUGGUGAGGGACUUCCGGGCGGAGUCGGAGACGGAGAUGAAGUCGCUGCAGCGCUACAUGUGCUCCCGCUUCUUCAUCGACUUCUCGGACAUCGGCGAGCAGCAGCGCAAGCUCGAGUCCUACCUGCAGAACCACUUUGUGGGGCUGGAGGACCGCAAGUACGACUACCUGAUGACGCUGCACGGCGUGGUCAACGAGAGCACCGUGUGCCUGAUGGGGCACGAGAGGCGCCAGACCCUGGGGCUGAUCGCCAUGCUGGCGGUGCGGGUGCUGGCCGAGCAGAACGUCAUCCCCAACGUGGCCAACGUCACCUGCUACUACCAGCCCGCCCCCUACGUGGCAGACGGCAACUUUAGCAACUACUACAUAGCGCAGGUGCAGCCCAUGUUCGCCUGCCAGCAGCCCGCCUACUCCACCUGGCUGCCGUGUAACUGAGCUCCGGUUCCGGCCGAGGGGAAACGCGAGGGAGAGUCAGAGCGGUUUGUUUUGAGGAAGUGCCGGCCAAACCUUGCAACCCCCCCCCCCCCUCCCCCCAGUGAUGUAUUUGUUCGUCAUUUUUUUUAUUUUUUUUUGCAGCUAAAAGAAGCAGCUAAAAGGAAGAAAAUGACUCUGCAUCUUAAUGUUUUGCAUCAAAGCUUGUCUUUUUGUUGUUCAUACUUUGAGUUUGAAUGCUAAGCGAAGAACAGUUGGCUCUCCAAGCAGAAUAGUCACUGUGAAUAUAACCGAUUUUGCCGCCCUAGGGGCGAUUUUUAAGUAAUUAUCGAAAUUGGGGAAAAAAAUCAACCUGUGAUGGCUUAAAAUUCUGAGUCGCUGCAGAAUUUCCACUGACUCUGUCCCAGAAGGACUGAUGCUGUCCAGAAAGCGAUUAGCCAGCACAUCUCCAUAGCAGGGCCAGCACUCCUUACCUGGAGGCAACACUUGUUCGUCAAACAACUCAACUACGAACAGGCCAGUUUCUUCUCAGGGGUGGACGGUCGCUCUGUAGCCUCAUUUGGUUUUUCAUUCAUCUAUUCCCUCUCUCUCUCUCUCUCUCUCUCUCUCUCUCUCUCUCUCUCUCUCUCUCUCUCUCUCUCUCUCUCUCCAGAUGAGCAGAGGAAAGGUUGUCAUUAUGAGGCAGAAUGGCAAAACCUCUUUACUAUUCAUUUGGAUAUAAUGAUGGUUGUUUACAGACCAAAGAUUUUGAUUAUUUCUAAAAGAUAAUACCCAGGUUUUUCAUUGGAAGAAUGAAACAUUAUAUAUAUUUAUAUAUAUAUAUAUAUAAUGUAAAAUGUAUUUGUAUAUGUUAAUAUGUGUUUAAUAAUAAGUGCCUAAGGCCUUUCUGUAGGCUGAAAAGGAGAUAAAGGUUUAAAAGGGGCGUGUGUAUGGUGAACAAGCCUCACACUCUGCUAACCGUCACACACACAACAGCAGCACCCUGGGCCUGUGAAUGUACGUGUGAAAUUACAUUUCGUGCGCAGUUGUGGUCGAUGUGGCCAUGGACAAAGACCAAGAAAAAUAGGGUGCCCUGUGUUACUGUUUUAUAGUUAAAGGUGCAGAUAAUACUUUUUUGGAGCAGCAAAGUAUGGGAUUGAUUGGUUGUUGCAAAAUCCUGUUUAUAACAAAUAGUCUGUUUAUAUUUUUCCAUCAAGCAAAUACACCUCUAAAGAAAACUAAAACCUCUGGAACGGUACUAGAUAUAUACCUAGACAAGAAGGAUCUUACUCAUUGGUCAAUGGUGAACAGGGCCAAUCAUUCAAUAUGAUUGUCUCACAGUAGGCUAAGCUCCAGGCGUAGCUCCAUAUAUAGUUCCUGUAUAGUCUGUAUCCGUGAAUCGCAUAUCUCAUGUAUUUCACUCACCACCAAACUUGAAGGAAGUACCCGAAAGAGAGACCGAGCUAGAUUGGUUAAGAGAGAGAAAGGGGAAUGGCUGUGUUCACAGAAAUCAGUAGACAGAGAGCCUGGUGUGCUGCCCAUGCACUCCCUCACUCAGCCAUGUUUGCAGAGACACCUCAGAUGAGGGGACAGUAUUUGCUGUAGCACCCAAGCAGGGAAUUCCGCAGGUGCUGACCAAGGCGUAGGACUGAGCCCUGCUGUGUCUCUGUCACUCAUUGGAUAUGGAGAGAGGGGGCCCUUGAAUCGAGGAAGGAAGGAAAAGAACAGGAAACUAAAGUGCCAAAUAAGCCACAGUACGCUUGAAUGUGAUCUCAUUGGUUAAAAAAAGUGAGACAUUUUGAUGUUGAUAUUGAGACAGAGUUAAAGAGAGGGGGUAGAUGCAGGGAGAGAGUGAAGGCGGAGAGUGAGCGCAGGACAGCGUGGACAAUGGAAGAGUUUGAAAGAGAGGCCUGGAGAGAUGGGUGCAGCUGGUGCUGGGGUUCAGACCCCCAGGCCCCCUUGCUUUUUGGCACUUGCUGUCCCGCUUAAAGUAAGGGUGCUAACUUUAGUUUAUGCUGCAGGUCUUCAUCUUUUUGGGGGAAACCAGAGUGAUCUCCGGUUUUUUUCUUGAAUCAGAUUUUGCAUAUACGUGUGUGUGUGUGUGUGUGUGUGUGUGUGCGCGCGUCCGUGUGUGUGUCUGUGCGUCUGGUGGUGUUCUCUCAUCCAAUAGGAAUUCUGUUUUGUUUGCUCGGUCUUACAUACUCCCGAUUAUAAUCUGCUUUAUUGAUUUCUUUCCGAAGGACCAUCCAUUUUUGACACUAACCUGUGGAUUGUGUGGGCAAUGUGUUGUCGUUUUAAAAGCUCUGUACAGAGUUGACUUUCUAGCUAGCUCUAGUCUGCCUGUCUUUUAGUACUGUGCCUGUCGGUUUAGAGAUUGUUGGUUUCUGCAUUGUCUUGUACAUGCAUUGUUUAAAAUGUCAAUUUUCGGCUGAUGCAGUCUUUACAAUCAACCUUAAAGAUACACGGAAAACAAUCCGGUCUUGUAUGUAUAUUUUUUAUGAUUGUCAUUUUUAAAAAAACAUUUAUCGGACACUGCAGCCAUUGCAGCGCUUUUGAAUCUGUGAUCAGACUGCAACGGAUAAGUUCUCAUUAGCCUUCUGUUCGUUUUUUUCUCCUUUUUUUGCAGUUCUUAUACUUUUUGUUGCUGAUGAGAAAAACAUUUCCAUCAAUAAAAAAAAAGAUAACUAAA